CUGCCGGUGUAGCCAGCUGCAGCCGGUUCAGUUGGGUCAGUUUACAGGGGUCUCCCUUCCAUCCCAGAGAAAGGAUCACAGACUUUUCCUUUCUUGCUCCUGGGGAGAUCAUGGCAGGGGCCCCAGGAAUUAAAGGGUUGUUCCUUGUGGUUUUCUUGCAGCUCGCCCUUCUUUGCUCCUCUCAAACAAACCAGGGCCCUCCUGGCCCCCCUGGUGUUCCAGGGAUCAAUGGCAUUGAUGGGGAAAGAGGGGAAGAUGGCAAGGAUGGACCUACGGGGCCGGAUGGAGAUGCAGGGAAACCCGGGUCGUCAGGAAUACCUGGAAUUCCUGGAAAUGAUGGUUUAACUGGUCCAGUUGGAGAUCCUGGACUUGACGGUCCUCCAGGACAGAAAGGCGAGCCUGGAACACCUGGGCCUCGUGGAGCAGCUGGUGUUGGACCAGAUGGAACCCCUGGAUCGCCAGGGCCUGCGGGACUUCUAGGUGAAGUGGGAAAAGUUGGCCCACCUGGGGCCAUGGGAGUGAGAGGGCCACAGGGACCCCGAGGGCCAGCGGGACCCAGAGGUGCUGCUGGUAUGCUGGGAAAUGCUGACCUGUGUCCAAACUCCUGUCCACCUGGAACUCCUGGACAUCCUGGUCUUCCUGGCAUGAAGGGCCAUAAGGGAGUAAAGGGUGAAGCCGGGGAACCUGGGAAACAGGGCCACAAGGGUGAAGAGGGAGACCAGGGAAGUCCAGGAGAAGUUGGAUCUCAAGGACCAAUGGGACCUCAGGGAAUCCGUGGAUCCACUGGCAUGCUGGGCCCCAAAGGAGAAUUGGGAGCUCGGGGACCUGAUGGAGAUCCUGGUCCUCAGGGAGUGGCAGGGGCAAUUGGGGACCAUGGGCAAAGGGGCGUGAUGGGUGAGCUGGGGCCUAAAGGUGAAACGGGUGUUCAAGGACCAAGAGGAAUCACCGGGUUACCAGGUCCAAAGGGAGAACCCGGCCUACCAGGUGUUGACGGACGCGUAGGCAUUCCAGGGUUGCCAGGAGCAAAGGGAAGUGUUGGGAAGCCAGGUGUACCUGGAGAAAUUGGACCUCAAGGGCUUCCGGGUUUGCCUGGUUCUCCCGGACCCAAAGGCUUGAGUGGCCUGAAGGGCGAUGCAGGUCAGCCAGGACUCCCUGGAGAGCUGGGCUCUGCUGGGAAAACCGGUGAGCGAGGAGAACAAGGAGAGUUUGGACCUGUUGGACCCAUCGGUGAGCCUGGAGACAUUGGAGAGCAAGGCCCUGUUGGUCCAGCUGGCAAGCCAGGGGCAAGAGGACCCAAAGGAGAUCCUGGUCUCCCUGGGUUGCCAGGUCCUCCUGGAUUUCCUGGGACAAAAGGAGAAAGGGGAGAACGGGGAGAAUCGGGACUUAAAGGAGGCCAGGGAGCACAAGGUGAUGAGGGAAAUCCAGGAGAAAAGGGCGAAGUUGGAGAUCCGGGAGAACCUGGAGCCAAAGGAGAGACUGGUAUUCCUGGAGAGCCCGGCAAAAGAGGUCCUGAGGGAAGUCGAGGUCAGCCUGGCGUAGAGGGACCUCCGGGUUCACCUGGGCCUCGUGGUAUGCAAGGGAACAGAGGUCCACGUGGAGUCAGAGGGUCACAGGGUCCGGCGGGUAAAGAACCAAGUGAUCAACACAUCAAACAAGUCUGCAUGCGAGUCAUGCAAGAACAGCUGGCUCAGUUAGCAGCUAGUUUAAGGAGGCCAGAAUCGGGAGCUGCCGGUUUACCUGGAAAACCUGGACCUCCUGGGCCUCCUGGAACCCCAGGAGACAACGGCUUUCCUGGACACGCUGGAGCAAGAGGGCUUCCGGGACUUAAAGGGCCACCAGGACAGAUGGGACUUAAAGGACCCAAAGGUGACAUGGGGGACAGAGGGGCCAGAGGGCCCACUGUGCGAGGGCCUAAAGGCCAGCCAGGACCUCCAGGACUUCCUGGAGAGCCGGGCAAAGCUGGGUAUGGUCAGGAUGGUCGGGAUGGGCAAAGGGGACCUCCUGGUGUUCCCGGACAGCCUGGCGUACCCGGGCCUCCUGGUUCCGCCGGUCUGAAUGGUUACUGUGAUCCAUCAGCCUGCAACCUCCAAGCCGGGGCUCUUCAGCAGUCUCUGGAUGUGAAGGGACCUGCAGGAAACUAAGAGACACUCUGGAAAAGACAAAAAGACUAUUUCCUCUGAAAACCCAUUUGUCACGAUUUUCUCCCAGUGUCUGCAGUUGUUGUGGCGACUUUAAUACAUUAACCUCUUCAUGAAGGCUUGUUUUAUGGCAACGACAUCUUCCUCAAAGGGAACCAGCAUCUUUAAGAAGUAAACAGUCCAGACUUCUGGAGUAUUUGUUGAAUUGCAAUGCUUUUUGCUGUCUGUUUUGUUUUAAGAAAUGUUUGAGACAUUUAAGAAUUUGCUUCCUGAAAUGAAAAAUGAAAGCCAACUUUUUCUUAUGAUAUUCUCUAUUUUCUGUAUUUCUUUAAAUAAAUGUCCAUCAAAGUUCUCUCAGGAAGGCUUUGAAUAAAGGUUGAUGACAAAAGAGAAAUGCUUUGGAUAAGAAAAUCUCUUGUUUAUGUUCUCCAUGUGAUGAUGUACAAAACCCAUAAAAGCCUCCAUUCCUGCAUGUCUUGCUGCCUCAUCAGCCCUGCAUGUCCACGUUGAAAGGUUUUGCUGGUUUAAUGUGUUGAAGGCUGUCUUUUUAGUGUAUGUUGUAAAUCUGUAAAAAUGUUUGAAAUGCAGUCAUUUUUAUUUCCUAAAAAAAAAUCAAAUGAUGUAAUAUUGUACAGAAUAAAAACAAAGGGGAACUGUGCAAAUGGAAAUGAGGUAUGAAACUCAAAAAUGCCAAAAGAAUAAUAAAUAAAAGGUGUUUAAUCUAUACUCCACCACAUUUGUUUAAUUAAAGUAAAAUGAAACUUUUUUUCUUCUUAAAAAAUUUGAUGUUUAACAGUUUUGAUCACUAGAAUGCAUUUUCUGAUACAAAGCAAAGCAUGGGAGUAGCUUCUAAAUUGAUGCUGAAUAGAAAAUAUUUCUUAUCUCUGCUUUUUUAAAAAUCCUAAUAGUUGAAAAUUUAAGUAAAUUUUCCAAAAGAACAUCAAACAUUUGAUGUUUUUUGUGGACAUAAACAUUAAUUUCUUUAGUCUGAACAGAACUUUUUUUGUUAUAUAAUUGUUUGGAAAUCACAGCCGAAAAUGUUUAAUAAAAUUGCCUGAAUCCA